CACAGAUUAAUGAUAGCGUCCCAGAGGAAGGUGUGCAGGAGAUGUCUACUCGAGACUGCCUCAAUCAUUAAUAUAUGUAUUUUUACACGCAAAAUACCAAGCCACAACAGUCUCUAUAAUUUAACUAAAGUGGCCCCUGAAGUGACCAGAGAAGUGACCACUGAAGAGACCAACUGAUUUUUUACCACGAUAAAAAAAGAGCUCUUCAUUUCCCCGUCUGCCAAGAUGGCCAUCAAAUCCAUCGCUACUGUGAUGAUCUUCCUUUGGCUUGCAAACUGCGCUCAAAUGGGACACGGCGAACCAAUUCUUCGCACGGGUAAGAUGUGAUAUUUAAUGCGACUCAUUGUAGUGGCAGUGUGUCUGUUGUCAGUCCACAUCUGUAGGUCUAUUGUUUACUUAAACAAACAAAAAAUGUAGACCGAAAAGGGAGACGAACUACACUUAAAAUUAAAAACUUUACCUUACUUCAAGAUUGUGAUCUUAAUUACUGACGUUAGAAAAAAAACACAGGUCUUAGCUUCGGUCAUAGAAGUUUUUGGGCGCAAACACUUAAUGCAUCAAUAAAAGUCUGUCUCGUGUCCUUUUUAAAACCCAUGUAUCAAUUUUAGUUCUCAAGCCUCAAAAGAAAUCGUCCGUAUCAGUGAUUCCCAAAGUGUGCGGAUAAAUAUUUCAACAUUUUUCAUUACUUGUACUGUCACUUUUUAAGUCAAUACUUUGGGACACGACAACGACUUCUAGCUAAAUAAGUCAAUUUGUAACUCACAUAGUAAUGCAUGUUUAAGGAAGCCUCUACAAUUGUUCACUUGAUUUGUGCUUGCAAAUAUAUUAUUUAUUAAUUUACAUUUGAUGGAUUUUUUUUUAAAAUAUAGGUCUCCAAAAGUUCGCAGAGUUAAAUAGCCAUUACCAUUAGUAGUAGGAUGACAUCUAACAAAAGAAGCCGUCGAGAAUUGCAAAACGUUCAUUUUUUAUAAAAUAGUUAGUAACAAGUUAAACCAACAUGUCAUUUUAAGUAGAAAUGUAAUAAAAGAAUCAUGAUGAAGUUGUGGCAUACUCCAGAGUAACCAUUUGGCACAAGCUUAUGUUCAACCCAAUUGUUACGCACUGACAUGUAUUGGGAGAAAUUAAUCCCCUAUUUUAAUUUUAAUUGGCUCGUUGUAAACAGUGCCUAACAAAGGACGAUACCAUAAAGUCAACAAUAUUAAAGAUACGACACCCAAAACAGUUUCUAGUUACAAUUAAUUAAAAUUUAUUAAGUCUAAAGAUAAUUACAAAAGAAAAGAAAAUAUAAUUACAAUCUUCAACUUACAGUAUGGUAGAUCUUGUACCGGUACACAGUUAACACGGUUAGAAAAAUGUGCCAAUAAAUAAUGCGAAAUAAACACAUAUGACAUAUAAGCACACAAAUACACGAAGAAUAAAACACGCCUCGUAAUGUUAAGAAAAUCUAUCUGAAAUCUCCGUCUCUUCGUAUCUGUCAAUCCUUUAUAUACAUGUAGAGUAAGACGCUUCCAGAAGGGCUUAUGACGUGUUGUUUACAUUAUCUCGGGUUAAGGAGUACAUUCCAGAAGAUACCCGGAGACAUUCUACCCAAUGCGUAAUUGGAAGCGGAUUGUAAACAAGAUACUUCAAAGAGAUUUAACCACGCCCACAACAGACGUUACUGUCUGCUAGGAGUGUACUACGAGGUCGAGGAAAGUUUACACACAGGAAAUUGUGCUACAUAACACAAUACUGUAAAUUAAUCAACGUGUUUGAAGUGGUGUAGAAAUUGACGGUGCCGAAUAAAGUAGAGUAAAUUCAAAAUGCAGGGAUGGAUUUUGUGCGCAUACUUGAAUUCAGUGUUUCUUUCAGACAAUUUUUGAGGUGAAAUAUCAACUUUCGCGUGGGAAGUGCUAAUUAAAUAGCCCUAAUAAUGACCAAAGACAUCUUUGACGCCUCAUCAGUGGGACAUAACCUAUUCCAGUUGUGGCGCCCCUUGAAGGUAUGCAUUUUCCCUAGCUUAAAAUCGCCUAUUAAAUCUUUAAAGUCCCAAGAAAACUUUUGAUAAAUUUAAAAAUUGAAAAUAAAAGAAUUAAUUUUACCAAAUACUGUAACAUAGUUUUGCAACAUUCUAUACUUGGAGAGCAACGGAAGAGACGCUAGUUUUAAACAUCUAGGUGUCACUUAACCUUAGAAACAUCAUGUGAGCCCAGCAACCCUUACGACGGCAGUGGGUCUUUGAUAUUUGAGGGACUUAAAGAUAUGAAGUGUAUAUUUUCUUACAUAUCAUCUUUCAAUGUAAAGUCAGGGGAGGACCCCAAAAAAAAGUGGCGAAAGGGGGGGGGGGCUCGAAAUGUCGAUCGACGUCUCCGCGCUUGACGCAGUUGUGUUGUCAAAAUAAUUUUUAUAUAUUACUAAAUAGUAUUGUGGCUUUCAAUUUUCAUUUAAACCUACAUAGUUAAUAAAUAAAUAAAUUUUCAAAAGAAAGAUAAAAAAAUAUUUAAAAAAAGAUUACCUUCAUUGUUGAACGGAAAUGAAAAUAAAAUUACUUACAAUAAUCAAAUUACGUGAAAUAAUUGCCUUCGCUAAAUAUUUGCGAAUUUUACCAGAGUCAAAUAGAAAGAAAACAAAUUGUUAAUUGGAAAGGUCUAUACAAUGAAAUAAUCGAAACGCUAGUUCACAAAAAUUCCUUUUAUUUUGUUUUUACCUUUCUGAUAAAUUCUCAUCUAGAAAAAAACAUUUAAAAAAAAUGCUUGGAAAUAGAUGAGACAGUUUGUUUCUUAUUCUAAUAUUAAAAAGACAUAAGCGGGUCGGAAGUUAAUAAAUAUAGACUGAGUAUUUUUUUUAACCUCUUUUUGUUAUUCAGGAAACUGUGUUGCAAAAGUAGCACAUUAAAAAAACCACACAAACUCUUUUGAUAUAAUAAUUGAUGAAAUGUGCACUAUUUGUAUGCGCCCAUCAAAUUCUUAAUUUUUUUAAAAAAAAACAUUAUUCAAUUUUUUAAGUUUCCAUUUUUUAUAACUCAACAUUCAAGGAAUCUAGUACAUUAAAAAUGUUGCUAUUAAAAAACAUUUUAAAGUCUAAUAUCAUCAUACAAUUUUUAAUUAAUACCUAUCCCUCAUUUAAACGUAAUGUCUUUAUAAUGAAUUAUAAUUUUAAAAAAGAUUGCGUAUAUUGAUAAUUAGCAAAAAAUGUAGUAGAGUAAAUUGUGUUCCUUUAAAUUAACAAGAUGGUAUUUUAAUUACAAUGUUAUUAAAGUUUUUAAACUUGUGAAGUUGCGAAACAAAACCCAAAAAAGUAAUAACAAUACCGAUAAGUCCGAUAACAGGACGUAAGACUUCGGCUUGUAAUCACGAGCGGCCAGUACAAUAUUUAUAAUGGAAAACUGUAAGCCAUCAACAAGAUUAGCCUUAAAUAUUUGGGUCAUCAAAUAUAUCGAGCGUAGCGAUAUCUAUUGGUUCCACUAAUUUUCCACGGGGAAAAUCGCCAGAUAUUACUAUUUUUAAAAUAGUUUUUAAAAUGAGACAUUUUGCUGUGGAGGAGGUGGGGGAGGGGGCACUUGACUUUCCCAGAUGGACGGUGCCCUCCUGUCCCCCCCCCCCCCCCCCCCCCCCCCCCCCCCCCAGAAAGGUGCUUGAAAGAAACCCUGACAGUAACGAUAAAAAUAACGAAAUAUUAGAAUACGGUGGUACCUCGAAAUACGAGUGCCCUGACAUACGAUAAUUUUGAGAUAUGAGCCGUCGAGCGAAUGAUGAUGUGCUUUGAGAUACGAGAAAUAUUUGAGAUACGAGGAACCGGAUCAGCGGGUUGGCCGGCUGCAGUGACGCAAAUUAAGCGAAAGUUUCAAAACAUGUGUACAGUGGCAAGUAUGUUCAAUUAAGUUCAGGAAAGUUUAGUUAAGUUCCAUUAAGUUUAUUUAUAAAAUAUAGCAUUAAGAGUGUAACGAGUGACUUCAAGUGACCGAACGAGUUUAGCAUUAACAGUGUAGCCGGUAAGUGAACGAAGUGGAGCUCCUUCGCCCAUCUCCUCCAUCCUACACCUCUGCCAGCAUCUUCCGUCAGCUCAAGUCGGCUGAUUUCCAAGGUAAAUACACUUUAUAAAACCAGUUUAUUUCUUUACAUUCUCUUUCAUUAUGUUUUUAUACAAAGCUUGUCAUCCAUAAAUAUAGUUUCCUUAUUCAAAACGUGUAACAAAAACAACUUAGGAGGCAUUUUGGGGGCUGGAAUGUAUUAAUGGAAUUUCUAUUAAUUUCAAUGGGGGAAAAUUGCUUUGAGAUACGAGAAAAUUGACACGAGCAAGGUCACGUACCGAAUUACAUUCGUAUCUCGAGGUGCCACUGUUUUGGCGAUAUCCAAAUAAUGAUUCCUCGCCGUGUUCAGCAAAUCAGAUUAUCAUAUCUAGUGAUUAUAAGAGACACUUAAUUCGUUUUCCCGCAUUUCUUUUUUUCAGUUAUAAUUCUACAACUUCAAUUGUAUUUUCGGUUGCUGGAUGGCUGUGCCCCAUAUAACAAGCCUGUCAUCCCAGGUUUGUCAUUUCAUGAUAUUGCUCACAAAAAAAAAAUAUAAAUAAGAAAAUAAAUACAUGUAUUUCCUAGAAUAAUCUUGCCACCUGGAGAAACUCUAAAGUCAGUCAAGAAGAGCGAGGAAAUAGCGUCCCGAUAAAUCAUAUCGGUGGCAGCUGCUUCUACCCCCCCCCCUUUUUUUUUAGCGAGAGCUCUUUAAAAAUUAUAGACCCUUAAUAUUGAUAUAAAGGUAGUUUAAUUACAAUUUAUUAAAGCCUUUAAACCUGUGAGGUUGCAAAAAUUAUCAAAUACAAUGACCGAUAUAUGCGAUCAAUGAGAAGUAAGCCUUUGGAUCAUAAUCGGCUGGAACCAAUUUAAAAAAAAAAAAGUACGAAGUAAUCAAAUACUGCAAGUCUCAAACAGGAUUAGUCUUAAAUUUACGAAUAUCAAAUAUAUUGAGGGCAGCGAUUCUUCAUAGUGUCCGCUAAUUGUAAUGGGGUAAUGGCACCCGCUUCUAGUCUUUUUAAAUUUGUCUUAAAAAUGACCAAAAGAUUUUUUUUUAAUAAAAUAUAUUUACGUUUUAGUGUUGCAUAUAUUUUGCUCCGGGCGGCACUUGAAUUUUUCCCGCGGGUGGAUGGAAGGGAGUAGUGCACGCCCCCCCCCCCGAGAGCUAUCAGAAAGAAACAUAGGCCGGUAAACAUUUUUGAGUGAGGAGCCAUUUUUAAAUGCAAAAAAAGUAGUUUUGGUGCCGCAGGAAGGGGGGUGCAUGGUUUAAAUGUUAUUAAUGUUAUUCAGAAUAGUGAAAGCAAUUAUGGGAAAAGACAUUUAUUGCUGCAAAAGAGCUGCAUGCUGCUCGAAUGAUGUCAGAAAUGGUUGAGAAUAUUAAUUAAAAAAACACAACAAAAUUGUUGAUACCGAGCGUUAAAAUAUGUAGACAUAAUAUACUUUCCUCCUUUGACUAAACCGAGCAGAUAUAAACAGACUAUGACACCCUAACCCUAACCCUAACCCUAACCCUAACCAAAGUAACCGUAAGUUAACGACUACUCCACAGACUAUCCGGCUGAUGAAGGGAUUGAUGCUUGUGGAGGAGUUAAAAACGGGCUCCAAAAGGUUAUCGUUGGAUAUAAGGAAUAUCGUUGCUGCACAAAAGCGUCCUACUAUCUGAGACUGAGAAGCGGCAAAUGGACGUGUGAACAUACAAGCCAUUUCGUAAGUAGCACUGUGUAAAUAGCAGCUGUAGGGUAAGGAGCACUGCGCCCAUCGUAGCUUUUAAUGAUAAGGAGCGAGCGAUGUCCAUAAUAGCUCUAGGUUAAGGAGCGCUGUGUCCAUAGUUUGUUCUAGGGUAAAAAGCACUGUUGUGUCAUUCAGCUAUGGAGUCUACGUGUGUCUAUCAGAAAGAGGUCGCAUGUGUCUAUCAGAUAAAGAGAACACGUGUGUCUAUCAGAUAAAGAGAACACGUGUGUCUAUCAGAUAAAGAGAAUACGCGUGUCUAUCAGAUAAAGAGGCCGUGUGUGUCGAUGAUUCUAAGCUGUUUAAUCAUACAACAGUAAACCUUUGUAUCGUAUCUCAUUCCGUCCAUAUAUUUAAAAAAAGGGAAAUGUAUGAUAAAGGAUUCUCAUAAUUUUUAAAAAUCAUGAAUUCCUGAUCAAAUAUGAAUGAAAAAUAAACGCCAAAAAUCUCAAGGAUUGAUUUGACGUUGACAGUAAGAAAUGACAAUUCUUAAUUACAGCAUUUUCAUUUAAACAUUUAUUCUAAUACUGUCUGGGUUAUUUUUUCAUCGUUCCAGGUAAAAUAAGGAAAUAAAAGGCACCGACGUUUGACGAGAGAGACUCGUGAAGUACAUUGGAGUAGAGGCGUUUUCUGCACAGUUUUAAAUAAUGC